CAUGAGCGACGGGGCGGCCCCGAGGCCCGGGGACGACGGCGCGGCCGGCCUGAGCGAGCUCCACCUGGCAGCCCUGGCGUCGCUCAAGAGCGACAUAGAGGAACUGAACCGGCGGCUGCAGCAGACGGAGCGGGAGCGGGACCUCCUGGAAAAGAAAUUGGCCAAGGCCCAGUGUGAGCGCUCGCACCUCAUGAGAGAGCACGAGGACGCCCAGGAGCGGACGGCCCUGCGCUACGAGGAGCGCGUCACGGAGCUGCACAGCAUCAUCGCCGAGCUCAACAAGAAGAUCGACCGCCUGCAGAGCGCCACCAUCAGGGAGGAAGAUGAGUACUCGGAAUUGAGGUCGGAGCUCAGCCACAGCCAGCAUGAGGUCAACGAGGACUCGCGAAGCUUGGACCAGGACCAGACCUCCGCCUCCAUCCCCGAGAACCAGUCCACCAUGGCCACUGCCGACGUGGAUAACUGCAGUGACCUGAACUCGGAGCUGCAGAGGGUGCUGACGGGGCUGGAGAGCGUGGUCUGCGGCCGGAAGAAGAGCAGCUGCAGCCUGUCCGUGGCCGACGUGGACCGCCACAUCGAGCGGCUCACCACCGCCAGCGAGCACUGCGACCUGGCCAUUAAGACAGUGGAGGAGAUCGAGGGGGUGCUGGGCCGGGACCUGUACCCCAACCUGGCGGAAGAGCGAUGUCGGUGGGAGAAGGAGCUGGCCGGGCUGAGGGAAGGGAACGAGAGUCUGACCGCCAUGCUGUGCAGCAAGGAGGAGGAGCUGAACAGGAGCAAGGCCGCCAUGCACGCCAUCCGGGAGGAGCGGGACCGGCUCCGCAGGAGGGUCCGAGAGCUGCAGACCCGUCUCCAGAGCGUGCAGGCCACGGGCCCCUCCAGCCCGGGGCGGCUCACCGCGGCCGCCCGCCCGGUCAACCCCAGCACGGGGGAGCUGAGCACCAGCAGCAGCAGCAACGACAUCCCCAUCGCGAAGAUCGCUGAGAGGGUGAAGCUAUCGAAGACGAGGUCGGAGUCCUCAUCGUCUGAGCGGCCGGUCCUGGGCUCAGAAAUCAGCAGCGUCGGGGUCUCCAGCAGCGUGGCUGAGCACCUGGCCCACUCGCUCCAGGACUGCUCCAACAUCCAGGAGAUCUUCCAGACCCUCUACUCGCACGGCUCCGCCAUCUCCGAGAGCAAGAUUCGCGAGUUCGAGGUGGAGACGGAGCGUCUGAACAGCCGCAUCGAGCACCUCAAGUCGCAGAACGACCUCCUGACCAUCACGCUGGAGGAGUGCAAGAGCAACGCGGAGAAGAUGAGCAUGCUGGUGGGCAAGUACGAGUCCAACGCCACGGCGCUGCGGCUGGCCCUGCAGUACAGCGAGCAGUGCAUCGAGGCGUACGAGCUGCUGCUGGCGCUGGCCGAGAGCGAGCAGAGCCUCAUCCUGGGGCAGUUCCGGGCGGCCGGCGUGGGCUCCUCCCCCGGGGACGCGUCGGGCGGAGAGAGCGUCACGCACAUGCUGCAGCGCGCCCACGACCGGCGCAAGUCGGCGGAGAACGCCACCAAGGCCCUGCUGGCGAAGCUGGACGGCAGCUGCGCAGGCGCCUUCGCGGUGCCCGGCUGCGGCGGGCAGCCCUGGGAGAGCCUGUCCUCCAACAGCCACACCAGCACCACCAGCUCCACGGCCAGCAGCUGCGACACGGAGUUCACCAAGGAGGACGAGCAGCGGCUGAAGGACUACAUCCAGCAGCUCAAGAGCGAGCGCGCGGCCGUGAAGCUCACCAUGCUGGAGCUGGAGAGCAUCCACAUCGACCCGCUCAGCUACGACGUGAAGCCGCGCGGCGACAGCCAGCGCCUGGACCUGGAGAACGCCGUGCUCAUGCAGGAGCUGAUGGCCAUGAAGGAGGAGAUGGCGGAGCUGAAGGCGCAGCUGUACCUGCUGGAGAAGGAGAAGAAGGCGCUGGAGCUGAAGCUGAGCACGCGCGAGGCGCAGGAGCAGGCCUACCUGGUGCACAUCGAGCACCUCAAGGCGGAGGUGGAGGAGCGGGAGGAGCAGCGCCUGCGCGCGCACAGCCCGGCGGCCGGGGCCCGGGAGCGGCCGGCCAAGGAGGGCGCGGACGCCGCCCCGCCGCCGGCCGAGCCGAGGACGCCGAGCAGCGAGAGCGAGCUGGCCGCCGAGCUGGCCAGCGCCCUCCGGCGGGAGAAGAAGCUGAAGGCGCGGGUGCAGGAGCUGGUGAGCGCCCUGGAGCGGCUGGCCAAGAGCAGCGAGACCCGGCACCAGCAGUCGGCCGAGUUCCUCAGCGACCUCAAGCAGGCCAACAGCAACCUGGUGACCGCCUACGAGAAGGCAAAGAAGAAGCACCAGAACAAGCUGAAGAAGCUGGAGUCCCAGAUGAUGGCCAUGGUGGAGAGGCACGAGACGCAGGUGCGCAUGCUCAAGCAGAGGAUCGCGCUGCUGGAGGAGGAGAACUCGAGGCCGCACACCAACGAGACGUCGCUCUGAGGCCGCCACAGCCACGCGCGCCACCCCCCGUGCCUCGGUGGAACCCAGGGGCUUCUUCCCGCACACGGCGGGGCUCUCCCCGGUAGCCGGGCAUCUCCCUCCACCGGGGGCCCCAGCCACACGCAGACGGCGGCCCCGGACUCCGGAUGAUGGUACAGACACACACACGGGGGAGCCUCCCUGUGCCAGCAUGGGGCUCCCCAGCCCCGAGAACGGGGCAGGGGUGACCGUGGCUGUGCGGCCUGUUUUUCCCCUUCUUCCUGCAGCCCGCCAGCCGAACACAAUGGUUGGUCGGACAGGCCGCAUCCGCCCUGUCCCCUCGGCAUCUCCCAGGGUGCAGGGCUCGGGCGCGCUGGCAGGCACAGUCCGGCCCGCAGGCUUCCAGGACAGGAGACGGCCCUGCCGUCCCACCUCCCACCGCAGGCUACGUGCGCGCCCCGAGUUCUAGCCUUGGCACGCCGCUUGUGCAGUCGCCAUCCACCCUGCUUAAAACUCAAUGCGAGGCUACGGCUCGCGCUUGCUCCUCGCAGAUGCCAUCUUCCUCUGAGCCACAGCAGCGCUGUCCCACCACCUUGGAGAAGUCCGAGGUUAAAAAGCCCACACCAGCGGGGGAGCCCAGCUACUCAGGAGGCUGAGAUCUGAGGAUCGCGGUUCAAAGCCA